AUAAUUGCAAGAUAUAUAAUUAAAAACGUGCAUGAGGGGUGAUUUAUAGCGUACGCCUGAUGAUCGAGAGAGCCCGCGACAUCUCUCGUUUCUUCACGUGUCGCAUGUCGCGCGUGUUCACGUCAGUACGUUAGAAAAAUCUUGAUACGAUUGCAUUUCAAUAUGGCGAACCGCGACAAAGGACGCAGAAAGUGGGGAGGAUAUUCACAAGAAUUAACGAGUUCUAAAUUGGAGAAAGAUAGAUUGAUGGGAAUGCGCGGCGGAGGGAAUAGAGCAUCUCAGGCCUUAUAUAGACCAGGAAGCGGCCCUUUACGCAAGUCAGGCAGAUCUGGCAAUGAUGCUGAUGAAUUUGACAAUGAAAAUGGCUCGCAAGAAAAAUCCAGAUCAACUUCUGUUCAGUAUCGUUUGAGACAGUCACAACUGAAUAGAUCUAAUCAAGCACAGGAUAGUCCACCUUUAUCACAAAUCGACAAUGUAACUGAAAAAUUAGGCAAUACCCAUAUCGACUAUAGAAAUAGCAACAAUAGUGAAUCGGCACAGAGUACUGGACACAAUAUUAGUGCAGGAAUAGGAGGAAAUGAUUCAAAAAGGAAAAAUAGAAAACCUGAACAAUUGCUAUAUGUACCAAAAAAAGUGAAAGAAGCAUUGGCUGAACAAGAUGGAAUUAAUAGAUCUCCCAGUCAUACUGCAUGGGAACGAGAGAGAGAAGAGAGCGAUGAUCGUGAUUCCCAUUCCAAUCGUAGUCACAGAAGUGAUCGUAAUCGCGGAAGCAGUCACAGUGUACGAGAUAAUGACAGCGAAGGCAGGGGCAAAGAUGACAACAGCAAACGGUAUUCGGGCAACCGACGACAUCGUCAUACCAAUGAAAAUGAGGAAUUUUGGCGAACCAAUUCGCCGAUAUCUGCUAGAAACUAUGCGAAUCGGAAGGAUAAUCUACGCGAAGUCAGACAGGGUUCUGAACCUUUGUCUAUGACCAAUCAGAAUGAUUUUAAUCGUACAAGAGAUACGCGUAGUGUGGAACCUAUUGGACAUUUAGACAAAUUUCAAGGCAAACCACCCUCUGGCAGACGCGGUAAUGCAAAAGACAGUUUGUCGAAAAAUAUGAAGUUGGAGCUUCUACCACCACGAUUGCAAAAGAAAUAUCUCAUUGAUAACGGAUACGUGUUACCUAGCAACAAUCCGGGAACAUCCACAGAGGACUCCUGGAAUGGUAGCAGUGUUACAUUUCAGGCUUCAUCCAGUUAUAAUUAUCCAUCAGCAAUGCAGCAUUCACAAACAAUGCAGAAUUUGCCGCCAUCUGGGCCAUUACCACCACAAUCUAAUUGGGCUAACACCAUACCAGUGAGAAGCAGAGGAAGAGGUAGACUCAGACCAGAGGAACUGGAAGGUACAGCAAGCAGCAUCUUCAGACCUGUUACUCCUGAACAAUAUUCGGCGCCGAGUUCCAGAUCCCAUACUCCUAGCCAGGAAUAUAUGAAUCGAUCUUAUGAUCGUCGUGGUAGUAACAGCACUAUGUAUACCAGUAUGGAAAGUUUAAGCCGCGCUGACAGUGCCAUGAUGCCACCGCCGUCAUCUGUGUCGCCGGCAACUUCACAAUCCAAUUCAAACAGGGGCCACAGGUCACCCGAGAUUCAUCGCAGAGGUGCAACAUCACCGAUCAGCAAUCGCACUAGCACUAUGCAAAGAACAACCAGUAACACGAACGAGCAUAAUUCGAGUCUAGAUAAACAGAGCAAUCAACAAAACACAAAUCUCAGCUCCAUGAAAAGCGAAUCAUUUAAUACAUCGUCUAUUACCGCAUCUGAAACAUUUGACUGGAGCGAAGAGGUUGAAUUGAAUGAAAAGUUGGAACAGGAAUAUUUGAGCCGUAGUUCGUCAGUUUUAAGUAUACGCGAGAGCGUAACUAUGCCGCGAAGUCAGGCUGUAGGCGAGAGUUACAAGCGACGUAAAAAAAAAAAACGCGAUAAACAUCGAGAUGCUGAUCGUGGUAGCAGCAGAGACAAAGGGCGAGGUAACAGCCGCGAACGUCAGAAGAAUCAACAAAACAGAGAGAACGAUAACUGCAACAUUAAUCAAAAGAAUAAUAAUAAUAACAACAAUAGUAACAGGCGAUACGAUCACAGAAGGCGUAGUAUUAUUCAGCGUAGCCGCGAGUCGAGUAAAGACAGAAACUAUGGUAGCAAUUACAGAAGCUUUGAUGAUCUUCACAGACGCAGAACUGACAGAUACUUGGAUGAGGAUUGGAGAACAGGCAGGAAGAUAUCGACUUGUGAAUCUGAUGACGGCAGACAAACUCCUAAAGUUUCUUCUCAUACUACUCCUCUUCCGAGUAUGAAUUCUAACUUGGCGGUACAUCGUUCAUCUCCGACAGGGCACAGUAAUGCUCAACCAGGUGUCUUGAUCUUGCCUAACGAUGCUAAUCAGUCAUCUCCCAAUCAGACAACUACAGCUUCUCAACAAGGAAUAGGACAGCAGCAGCAGCAAAGAACUCUGUUCGAUCCGAAUAACCCGCAUAAACCUAUUGUUAUUACUUCACCUGGAAGUAGAGCAGCUGUACAAAGGGACAAUGACAUGCAAAUUUCGAGUGUUCCAGUAUUCCAGUCUAAUAUAGGUGUCACACCAUCACAUUAUUCUUUUCAAAGUACCCAGUUGGAUGGUAUGCCAUCACCAUACAUGAAUGAUCAAAUCGGAAAUAUGAGACCUUCGUGGUACGAACCGUUUUCAGCCAGUUUUCAUUCAGCGAAAAAUCACUGCCUUCUUUUGGAUAUAGAACGUGCUGAUCUGGAAUUACAAUGGAUAAUAAGUUCCGGUGGCUUUAUGUCGCGUUUGGAUAGAGUUGCGUACAUACGACACUUCCUUCAACAGAGCUUGAAGAUCUUGCUCGAGACUGAUAUCAAAUUCUGUCAGGCGGAAAAUGUCGAGCAACACUUUUGGAAAAUAUUGUUUUAUAAUCUGAUCGAGAUGCUUCGAAAAACAAUGCCCAAGGAAAACGCGGAAGGACGAGAACGUUACAAGCAGAUAAUGUUGAAUAUCAUUGAUGAAGGUACCAUCUAUCUGGAAAGUUUACUGACUGCUCUCGAGACUACAUACGAGUUCAAGUUGGACACGUUUCUUGCAUCGUCGAGUCUACCCAAGGGUCUUGGUCUUUUAGGACUGGCCUUAGUCAGCGCCCAAAAGAUAUUUCUAUUCUUGGGAGAUUUGGCGAGAUACAAGGAACAAGCAAACGAAACAAGCAAUUAUGGAAAAUCUAGACAAUGGUAUCUAAAAGCGCAGCAAAUCAAUCCUAAAAAUGGUAGACCUUACAAUCAGCUUGCCUUAUUGGCGCAUUAUGCAAGACGAAAAUUGGAUGCUGUGUAUUACUACAUGCGAUCUCUUAUGGCAUCCAAUCCUUUCCAUUCUGCCAGGGAGAGCUUGAUCGCGCUCUUUGAUGAAAACAGAAAAAAGUACGAGUCUAUCGAACGUAAGCGGAAGGAGGAAAGGGAGUCGAAGGAGCGGGCAAGGAUGAAGGAAAAGGAAGGCGCGAACAUUAUUGGCGGUGGAUUGAGGAGAGAGACGUGGAUUCAUCCGGGUGACGGUAGACGAGUGCGACGUACAACCAGCGCGGCCACUGCCAAUGAGACGAGAUUGUCCCAUACAAGCGAUUUGGAGGAAUUAUCGCAAUUAACAAGUGUCGAGGUGAACAAACGAUUCGUCACUUCAUACCUUCACGUUCACGGGAAGCUCAUCACUAAGAUAGGGUAAGUGUUUACCAUCAUUCAAAGUGUACAAGUGGUAUCUAAUCUUAGCGCAAAUUGCAAGAUGCUUUUAUGGAAAGUUGAAAAUUUGUCGUUAGUAUUCUGUUUAUUAGCAGAAUAUAUCUUUAUUGCAAAGGUGGUAAAUAAAUAUAAAUAUUAUCCUUACAAAAAAAAUAAUCGGAAUAAUCAGCAACUAUGUGAUAUUACGACCGAGCAAAAACUAUUAUCGCUUAAAAAUUCGAUGCUGCAUCCCGGCAAGUUUAUAAAAUCCAAAUAUAUCGCAAACGGGAUAUUAUUCGCUCCGUUAAAGCGUCAUGGCAUUUAAUCUAGACUGAUUAAUCCAGAAAUAUUGCGCCUGAGAAUCUCUCGCAACCGUGCUUGGUUGGCUCGAUUAGCAAAAAAAAAUUCAUUGCAAUGAGAUGUAUGUGUUAUGUG